GCAAACAAAUUCUCAAAUCUGUCUUUUCCAGAAUGAAAAAUCACAGUUAAGCAGGGAAAAGUGGCUUUUUUAGCGUACAGUUAGUAAAUUUCGAAAACCAUUGCAAUGGAUCGUAACAUAAAAUCGAAAAACAACCUGUCGUCCACGAAGAACGAGUGUGUCCAAGUUGUGGUACGCUGUCGGCCUCUGAACAAUAAGGAAUUGACGGGCAAUUUUCAAAAAGUCGUGGAUGUUUUCCCUAGUCGUGGGGUUAUAGAAAUAUUAAACUGCAAUGAAGCUUCAAGAGAAAACAAAAAAAUGUUUACGUACGACGCUGUAUAUGAUUGCAUCUCUACACAACAAACGAUAUAUGAUGAAGUGGUGCGUCCAUUAGUUGCUUCCGUUAUGGAGGGAUUCAAUGGAUGUGUUUUUGCAUAUGGUCAGACUGGAACGGGUAAAACGCAUACUAUGGAAGGGAUAAAAAAUGACCACGAUCAGAAGGGAAUUAUCCCUAGAGCAUUUGAGCAGAUAUGGGCUCAUAUCAAUCGGGCUCAAAAUAUGAACUUCCUUGUGGCAGUGUCAUAUUUAGAAAUUUAUAUGGAAGAAUUGAGAGAUCUGCUAAAGCCAAAUUCUUCUUCUUCGUUGGAAUUACGCGAGCGUGAUGGUGGCAUUGUAGUACCGAAUUUGCAUUUUGUACUAUGUAAAAGCGUUGAGGAUAUGUUGAAUGUUAUGCAUCAUGGUAACAAAAACCGUACAGUCGGAUUUACCAACAUGAACGAACACAGUUCACGCUCGCAUGCAAUAUUUUUGAUUAAAAUUGAAAUGUGCGAAGCAGGAUCAACAUUAGUGAAGGUAGGAAAAUUAAAUCUUAUCGAUUUGGCCGGUAGCGAAAGGCAAUCAAAAACUGGGGCUACCGCUGAACGUCUAAAGGAGGCCAGCAAAAUCAACCGCGCUCUUUCAUCGCUGGGAAAUGUAAUUUCUGCACUGGCGGAAAAGUCUCCUCAUGUACCAUACCGUGACUCCAAAUUAACGCGCUUGUUACAAGACUCGCUUGGAGGUAAUUCCAAGACGAUUAUGAUCGCAAAUAUCGGUCCAUCUGAAUUUAACUACAAUGAAACAUUAACGACGCUUCGUUACGCUCAUCGGGCAAAGACGAUCGAAAAUAAACCAGUGAAAAAUGAAGAUCCACAGGACACGAAACUACGCGAAUAUCAAAAUGAAAUAGCAGAAUUACGAAAGCUUAUAAGUGAACGACAGAAACGAGAGAAAACUGUACACAGAGAAAAGAAAGCUAAGCGAAAGGCUAUUAGGAUUAAACGAGAACCUAGCCUCGUGCCAUCGGAUGAGAAAUCAGAUUCAGAAGUCGAAGAAGAGGAAGAUUAUGAGAAAGAAAACGGGCAAGAAUUCAACGAGCUGGACACGAAGGCAAAAGAAGAGCUAUUUAAAGAGCGAGAAGCUACUGCUGCCCUGGCUGCUAAGUUACAGGAACUAGAAGGACAAUUAGUCAAAGGGGGCAAAAAUAUUUUGGACACCUACACUGAGCGACAGUUUGAGUUGGAGAAGAAAUUAUCUGAAAUCGCCGAACGAAAAAAACGAGAAAUUGAAAUGCAGCAACAGCUAGAGUUGCAAGAAGAAUCGACGAUGGAAAUUCGCGAAACGUUUACAUCGUUCCAGCAGGAGGUAGAACUAAAAACACGAAAACUGAAAAAGUGUUAUACCAAAUGCAUGGCAUUGAAACAAGAGCUCCAGGAUACCCGUGACGAACACAAUCGUGACCGGCGCGAGCUUGAAAUGACUCAGAAUGAAUUGAUAAAGGAGUUAAAGCGUUUGUUACUGAUAAUUGAUAAUUUUGUUCCAGCCGAAGUCAAGUCUCGACUUUAUACACAAGCCAAGUACGAUGAUGAAGCUGAAGAAUGGUUCCUGAAUGGAUGCAUAAUGUUAAACAACCAUCAAAUGAUCGCACGACCUGUGGCAAAUCCGAAUCGUAGACGACCGAUAAGCGAUUAUGCACUUCAAAUGAUCAAAUCAAAGUCCAGCGAUGCCAUUCGUUACAAGGGAGAGAAUAUUAUUGAUUACGAGCUAGAUAUGCCACUGAGGACGACUUAUGAGUACUCAAAUCCUAAAGUAUCAGCAUCGUUACAAGCCGUACUCGCGGAGGCAAUGCAAACUGAAGAUGACAUUGAUAUUACCGAUCAAUCAAAUUAUGCUAGCAUGAUGAAAAUGCGGCUCGAUCAAAUUACAAAGCGUAAUGUCCCUGAGCACAUAACGAGUUCUUCGGGGAAUGUUGGUACAGGAAGUAUCAAUGUCAACACUAGUGGCGGAGGUUCUACCAUAAGCGGAUCGACCAGUAGCGCAAUCAGCAGUGGUUUAAUGGCUCCUGUUGGUGCUAGUAGUAUCCGUGUUCGGUCUUCAAUGUAUAGUCGUGGAAAAUCGGCAGCUCCUGCGUUUGGUGCGCAUUCUGCAGUAUCAACCAAGAAGGUUCCUUCCUCCGUGUUGAUUAGCAGUGGCCAUGGAGCUGGCUCAGGAACAGGUAAAAUGUUCCCAAAAGCGCGAGGAUUAAUACCCAAGUAGACCAUGCGCCACGGUGAAACUGAAGUACUCAUCUAAGCAUCAUUAUAGUCACAAAAUCCGUAUGCACAAUGGAUCCGCUUUUUCACACUCAUCCGAUACAAAACAUAAAAAAAGCUUCGUUGUGCUUAGUGCUUGAGAAGAAUUUGAUGUUACAAGAAAUAACCCUUAGCUUGAGUAUUGCUAUCUUAUCUAGUUUUCUUUAAAGUACACAAAUUGAUGAAGGACAGAAAAAUGCAGGAAAAGUUUCACUCGCGCGCGCGCUUUUUUAAUUGCACGUCAUUUGCAACAUGAGAUGAGAACAAGAAAAGGACAUUUACUUUAGUGAUUGAUUCAAUACCAUCGAAAACAGUUACGCAGAAAACAUAAAGAAAAACGCGAAAAAGAAUAAAGUUGUUAAUAUUCUAUCUAGGAUUGAGGUAACAAUGGAAAGUAAUAAGAGGGCAAGAUAGUAGAAAUUAAGGCAACAUAAAUAUGUGUGGUUUUUUAGAAUUAUAAAAAAGAACAUUUAAGAUACACUAGCUCGGACGGUAUUUAAAAAGCUGUUCUUAAGUAGUUUAUAUUUCUUUCCAAUAGUGAUCAGUGUUUGCUGCAGAUAAGCAAGUUAUGUUAAAGAGGUAUGAAGAGUGAUAGAAAUCAACUUAAUUGCAGAUAUAUUUAUUCUGUUUGUUAUUUGUUCAUGUAUUGUUUUGUUUGUAUUUCAUUAAGUUUAAAAAAAGAAUUCGACUUGUUUUCCUGAGUACACGAUAAUUUUUGUUUUAUGAAUGAAAUUAAAUGAAAUCCUUUUUUAGUUUAUGUUUCUUA